UAACUGCUGCGGCGCAGCCCGAGCCCCGCGCAGCCGAGCCGGAGCGGAGCGUGUCCGGACAGGUCCCUGUGGUGGCUCUCCUUGGAGCAUGGGCGGCUGCUGAGCUGGCAUCGGGAGCUCUGCUUUUCGGCCGACGGGCAGCGGGCGGGGGCUCCAUGGCGACGGCUAACAAAGGAAGCAAAACCAAAAUCAGCAGCAUCCGCUUUGCCGAGGCGACGGCCAGCCACUCCGUGGAAAGCUCCCAAAGCCACGUCCACUUCGAUGAGAAGCUGCACGAUUCUGUCGUCAUGGUUUCUCAGGAGGCCGAUGGCAACUUCCUUGUCAAGAUUGGCUUCCUGAAGAUCAUGCACAAGUAUGAGAUCACGUUCACCCUUCCUCCACUGCCUAAACUGGGAAGAGAUGUGUGCGCCAUCCCUCUCCCCAACCCUCACCUGAAAGUCCUGAGUGUGAUUCCUGUUUCUGAAGGCUUCUGCGUGAAGUGUGAAUACAUCGCCCACAAGGAAGGUGUCCUCAAGGAAGAGCUGGUGCUAGCCUCUGAGACCAGUGACAAUGCCACCGUCCGAGUGGUGCUGCAGGCCAGAGUCAUGGACCGGCACCACGGCACCCCAAUGCUCUUGGAUGGGGUGCGCUGCGUGGGCGCGGAGCUGGAAUACGACUCGGAACACAGCGACUGGCGUGGCUUCGACUAAGGACCCUCGUCCUGCCUCCCUCCACUCCCGCGCUGCUUUCCUGUGCCCACCCGCCCCGAUGGAGCAGCUGUUUGGGGGUCUCCUUUCUGUCCCUGGACUGGAUGCUUUGCUACUUGGAAGGGGGAGAGAGGAGCAGGAAGGGCCUGUGGCCAGGGUGGGGAGGAACCUCUGGGGUCCCCCUUCCCUGAGCUGGGAAGGUCCUGGGGUAGGGUCCCCCCAUCCCUUUAGCCUUAAAUUCCAUCUGGAUUUGUCUCAGUCUGUGUUGCCUGCUGCCCCUUGCAGGGCCCAGGGUCUGGGGUGGGUGGUGGAUGGAUGAGGGGGCUGGAAGGUAGUACCUGGGUAGGCAGGUUCUUUUAUCUGGGCUGCCUCCCUCCAUCCUGUGCCGGCACCUCCUGCUUUCUCCCUUCUGUUGUGCUUCAGUGAUUAGAUGGAAUCCUGCCUCCAGAACCAGGGGAGAAGGGUAAGGGAGGCCUCUUCUGUGUGCCUCAGUCUCCCCGGCCUGAGGGCAGCUUUUAUGGUAUGGGGAAGGGAAGGGAUUGGGGGCAGGCAGGGUCUAGUGUGUCAGAGAAGCCUCGGGUGCCUCCGUCCUCCUUACCUUGCCCUUGUAAUUGCCCGAGGGUGCCUCCCUCCCCCUGUGCAGUCAGCCUUUCCUGUGGCCCCAAUUCCUGAGCCAUAGAGCAGGAGAUGCCCACCCUCCAGGCUUGCACCUGUCUAUAUCAUUGCUGUUGUCUGUUUGCUGCUUUAGUCAUUCACCCCCUCCCCCUAAACUGGCCAGGGUGGGGGCGGGGCUGUGGAGGGAGGCUGGGCACCGGAGGGAGGGUCCUGCUCCAACCUCCGCCUACGUGCCCACAUGCGCGCCUGUACUGUGUGUGUUGGUUUGUUUUUUAAAGUGAUAUUGGGAUGAAAGCCCAAAGAAAUUAAAAGAGAAAAAACAAGUU